UAAAAACAGACACAAGUCUGUAGUGGACAUCACUGCAUGGGCUCAGGAACACUUCGGAAAACCAUUGUCUGUUCACACAGUACGUCCCUGCAACCACAAAAGCUAGUUAAAUCUGUAAUGACAGCAAAUUAUUUAUGUAUUAUUAAAUAUUAGCAAAUAUGAGAACAAAUCACAAAAAAAAAUGUGAUGUGAUUCUGUCAAAAGGUUGUGGGUCCUCCAGCAGGGAAAAAACUACAUAUACGCUCAUGAAAAGCACACCUGUAUGGUAUGUAUUGUUGCUGCAGUGAGUAAAGACCAACCACAGAUCAACCACAGAUCAACCACGGGGAAAUGUGUGGUAACUUAAGCUCAGACAAUUGGUGUUUUGAUCUAAACAGGUACGCCCAUCGAAGUGAAAUGCACAGUUCUUUGACUGUUGCAGUUCAGUCCCCAGGGUUCACCACACAAGCCGUGCAAACACAGCAGUUAGUUCGUCAUGGAACCUUCACUUGUGAAAAUAGCAACAUUACGUAUCACGACAUAUACUGCUGUCCUGGCGUUAACCUGACACAACAUCUUAUGAAACCUAUUUUACAGGCCAUGGCUGUGACUGUCUUUCCUCAGGGAGUCCAAUCCAGAGUUACUAUAUCCAAACAGUGUUAAAAAAAAAGAAACACCUAUCAGGGUAAGGAACAUGUUUAAAGGAGACCGCCUAACUGUGCUGUGGGACCUCAUUGUCACCUCGAAUCUGUAAAAGUGAAUCUAAACUGAUGCCCUUUCAAACUGUGACCUGGAUAGGUGUCCAUUCCAAAUGGUUAAGUUCACUAAGAGAGACUAGGUUACAAGAUGAAGUUUGGAAAAUGCUUAAAACAUGCCCUCCAGGUUUUUACCCAGCACAGGGACUGACCACACAACCUUUGGAGCCUGAGAGCUGGGACUACCCUAUUCUCUGUACAGUGCAACUAGGUCUGCUUUCUUUGGCAUUCAGGAGGCACACCGUUCUGCUUUUCCCUGCACGACAUCAGAAGUGUUUCCAAACAUUGCGUGUAUGAGGUUCAGCAACAAUUACACCAACAGCACCAUCAUGUUUAGACGGAAGAUAUACAGGAUCGUUUUUCCAGUCAUUGCAAUGGCACAACGCUUAUGUUGCAGCUUUUUUGGGCUCAGUUUUUUUUUGGCUCCUGUAUGCUUGAGUGCAUCGCAGAUAGCACAUUAUUCAAUAUGAACUGCUCUACUUUUAAACAGACUCCAGUCGACUAAAAAGGCAUAGAGGUAGAUGGAAAGUGUCCAAUCCGUAUGAUGACUGGGUAACAAUCACAGCUCUAUUUGGCCAAACCUUAACCCAACAUUAAAUAUGUGAUUGUUAUUUUUAUGUGUAUAGUCUUGUCCUGUUAAAUCCUGGAUGACGCAUAAUGUGAUGAAAACUAUUUCCCAAUUUGGGAUUAAUGAAGUAAUACGCUGUUCUCUUUACACUUAUGUGCUUUUGAAGUUAGAACAGUAAGUUACUGUGCAUGAACCAUACUAGUACAGGAAGUGAACAGACCUGAUAUAUUUUAGUACAGGAAGUAAACAUCUGAGGUAUUCUAGUACAGGAAGUAAAUACAUCUGAGAUAUACUAGUACCAGAAGUAAACAUCUGAGGUAUUCUAGUACAGGAAGUAAACACAUCUGAGAUAUACUAGUACCAGAAGUAAACAUCUGAGGUAUUCUAGUACAGGAAGUAAACACAUCUGAGGUAUUCUAGUACAGGAAGUAAACACAUCUGAGAUAUAUUAGUACCAGAAGUAAACAUCUGAGGUAUUCAAGUACAGGAGGUAAACACAUCUGCAUAAGCCUGUUUCACCAGUUGUAUUAUUAAAGUAGUAAAAAGAGACUGUUUUCUGAAACGUUUCUUGAUCAUGAUAUGCAUACAAAUAGAAAGGCCUGCAUGUAUAGUAUUUUGCUCGUUGUUUUCAAUGUAUCAUAAAAAAGUCUCAUAAAUUGUAUUCAUUUCAGAAUAUGUGAUGAACUAGCUCUUAGCAGGUUACAAUAUUAGGAUAGAGUGUUUUUCAACAGUAUGUGGUUGAUGGUUUUUGCUUUGGGAGCCCAGAUCCAUAAAGGUCACUCUAACAUCAAGGGCCCUACUAAAUGAUAGUUCCCUUCAAAGUGUCUGAGAAAAAAACAGGUAGGGUUAUUGAGAAAGGGAGGGAUGGAUGGGUGGGGAAGGGCGGUGGUGAACACAAUCACACACCUCCUCACCCCAUGAAAAAUCGAGCGCAUCUCGUUUAUCAAAGCCUUGCGGUGUGUCACAUCCACCUAAAAGUGACGUGGUGAUCCAGCUGCCAGGUCAACUCCCCCUCGUUCUCCUCCUCAUUCUCCUCCUGUUCAUAACAACACGCGCACCGGAACGCGGCGCUUGUUGUCCGGUCGAGACGCGUGAGCACUGACUGGUCCUUUGAACAGAGUAACCCGAUGGAGGAACAAACCACCAGCAACUAAACUGUAGAUUUUUAUGCUUUCGGCUCGUUGUUCAGUUGACUUUUUUUUUUUGCAACUUUAUGUAGCGAGACUUUAAGGGAUACGAUUUUUCUACGUAAUUAUUUGAAUGUUUUUAGAAGGAUAAACAACCAACCACUUUAGUAAGGGGAUUAUUUAGUCGCAAAUAUGAAUGAUAUUAAACUUGCAGUUCUGGGAAGUGAAGGGGUCGGGAAAUCAGCUCUCAUUGUUCGAUUCCUGACGAGGCGAUUUAUUGGUGAAUAUUCCUCCACGUCAGAGUGUAUAUACAGAAAGCGCCUUUCUGUUGAUGGGAGGCAGCUGAAUCUAGAGCUUUAUGACCCUUGCUCUCAGGCCAGUGAGGGGAAGUCGACUCUGACGGACCAGAUCCACUGGGCCGAUGGCUUCGUUGUGGUUUACGACAUCAGUGAUCGGUCCUCCUUCAUCUCAGCCAAAGCCGUUGUUCACCUGAUCAGGGAGCUACAACUGGGAGGGGCCAAAAGGGAUGCAGACACACUGGUGUUCCUGGUGGGUAACAAACAGGACCUGUGUCACGUGAGGGAGGUACGUCGCGAGGAGGGCCAGCGUCUUGCUGCUGAGUUGCGGUGCCAGUUCUACGAGCUCUCGGCGGCCGAGCACUACCAGGAGGUGGUCCUCAUGUUCUCCAAGAUGGUCCACAAUGCCAGUCUGGGGGGCAAAUGCAAGGACAGGAGACGAAGACCCAGUGGCUCCAAGUCAAUGGCCAAACUCAUCAAUAACGUCUUUGGAAAGAGGAGGAAAUCUGUGUGAGCUGUGACUGGAGGGCGGAGUCAUACCAUUGAGAAGGCAGGCCAGGGACUUCUGUUGAUUGGAUAAAAAUCGAUCAAUAACAUUGUAUUAACCCACGAUCGAUAACAUGGACUUUGCAUACUCACUUGCUUUUGCUGUUAUUGCUGAUCAUGGAAUGGUUGGUAAGAAAGAGUACACCAAUUCGACCCGCCAGAAUAGACUUUGAGCUAGCAAUCAUUUGGUGAAUGAUGAUGAUAACCUUGUUGAUGAUGAAGAUGGAUUGGAUGUAUGUAGCGUCUUUCUCCCAGCAGAAGGACUCACAGAGCUUCACGUUAUAAGGGGGAAACUCCACUGGCUUGAGUCACAGCCUGCUCUUGCUUUUGCUGUUGUUGGAAUGGUAACUGAAAGUUAUGUGGGGACACAACAACCUGCAGGCGAUCCUGUAAUUUGAUCCUUCUGUUGAUCUUCCCAUGUGAAAGGUGGAAGCGGUCAGUGAUAUUGUUUUUAUAUUAGACGCUGACCUUAAGCCUUUGAGUGUGCGAUCGUUUAGCUACGUCACACUGCCUCUUUGUUGUUAUCUUUGGAGGGAGUCAAUUCCAAUUGGACACCAACAGACAAAUAUGAAGGUUGGAGAGAGUAUGAUUAUCUGAGGUCCUGAUGAUAGAAUUGAGAUCCUUUUAGAUCCUCCAUUUAAACCAGCGAUGUUGUUGGAUCCUUUUGGAUCCAAUAUAUUAUUUUACAUCCUCCUGACAAUAUGUCCAUUUAUAUUUAUAUCCUGAUGGACCAGAGAUCUUCUUUGAGACUCCAGAUUGACCAGAAAUCUUCUUAUAUCCUCUUGAUAGACCAGAGAUUUUCUAAUAUCCUCCUGAUACACCAGAGAUCUUCUUAUAUGCUCCUGAUAGACCAGAUAUCUUCUAAUAUCCUCCUGAUAGACCUGAGAUCUUCUUAGAUCCUCCUGAUAGACCAGAGAUCUUCUUAGAUCCUCCUGAUAGACCAGAGAUCUUCUUAGAUCCUCCUGAUAGACCAGAGAUCUUAUAUCCUCCUGAUAGACCAGAGAUCUUCUUACAUCCAAGUAGAUUAGAGGUCCUUUUAAAUCUUUCUGAUAGACCAAAAGAUGACGACAGGACUGAUUCCUAAACAGCACAAUAUUUCCUAUAUAUUUAAUCCUGCCACGAAUGAAGAACACAUUGAGCUACUAAUGUCCACCUGAUGUUCUCAUUAUUACUUAUUUAAAAUAAAUCUCAAAGCCUUCACAGUAUUUUCCAUAGCGGUUUCCAUAGCGCUUUCCAUAGCGGUUUCCAUAGCGCUUUCCAAAGCGGUUUCCAUAGCGCUUUCCAAAGCGGUUUCCAUAGCGCUUUCCAUAGCGCUUUCCAAAGCGGUUUCCAUAGCGCUUUCCAUAGCGGUUUCCAUAGCGCUUUCCAUAGCGCUUUCUAAAGCGGUUUCCAUAGCGCUUUCCAUAGUGCUUUCCAAAGCGGUUUCCAUAGCGCUUUCUAAAGCGGUUUCCAUAGCGCUUUCUAAAGCGGUUUCCAUAGCGCUUUCUAAAGCGGUUUCCAUAGCGCUUUCUAAAGCGGUUUCCAUAGCGCUUUCCAUAGUGCUUUCUAAAGCGGUUUCCAUAGUGCUUUCCAAAGCGGUUUCCAUAGCGGUUUCCAUCCAUUCAUCAUUGGCUAAAACGCUCCAUGCGUUCCACUGUGGCAGCACACUGGCAGGCUGUCAAGCAGUCACAGCAAUUAAUACAGAACGUUGCAAACAGAUCCUGUUCCCUGUGUUUCUACUAAUGGAUCCAGGAAAGAGAGGGUCCUUUGGGUUCGUAUCGGUAUACAUGCAUUUUGAAGAGAGGCUGAAUUUGAUUUGCCCAGUUAUUGUUUUAGGGUCAAUUAUUUCAGUGGUUAUUUUUUCAAUGAAAGGUAUAUUGUAUUACAAAAUGACUCUCUGUUUAUUUCCAUGUUGCUAAAUAUUCACUUGAAUAGCGAUAAUACAUUGUUAAUAAAGAACUGUGGUCUA